GAGAGAGACAGCGAGGAGGAGGAGGAAGAACAAGAGAGUGCGAUCUACUCGGCUCGAUCUGAAGCUCCAUGAGCAUGAGCUGAGUUUUUUUUCACCAGCCCUCCUCUCAUUCCGUCCCACAAUCAUUUGCUCCACCCUAGCUAGCUCGCUCGUGUUCGUCACCGUCUGGCUUUCAUCCAUAUAAUUCUGCAGCUUGUCCUCUCUCUCUCUCUCGCCUUUAUCACACGCCUUCGCCAUCAUCACCUCCAUCGAUCGAUCUUCUUGUCGCCGCCACGCCGGCUAGCUAGUUGCUUCGUCCUGCCGCCGCCAUGGCUGGCUAGCUACAAAAGGAGCAUGUCUAGUGCGUAGCUGUGGAGCUCGGUGGUGGAGUGGAAUUUCACUUGACCUAGCUAGCUAGCGUCGCUAGUUCUUGGCGGCUUGUCUUCUUGGUGAUCUUGGCAUUGUAGCGCAAGGUUUGAUGGGGCUCGAGCUCGAGCUGUCGUCGGAAUUGGCCGCGCUCCGGCCGGUUCGGGUGACGGCGACGCGGCCGGAGGGCGACGCGUGCGCAGCUGGUAGUGGUGACGCCCGUGUGCAGGAGGAGAGUGGACCGGCCACGGUGCGGCAAGGUGGGGAUGGUGGUGACGGUGGCGAGAAGGACGAUGGCACGCCGGCCGAAUCAGCCGGAUGCGCCACGCCGACGUCGGCAGCGAGCGCGCUGCGGCCGGCCACGGUGUGCCCGCCGGCGCCGCGGAAGCCGAGGCCGGGGAAGAGGAUGAAGCGCUGCUGCUGCGGCCGGCCACGACGGUCAUUCUUCCCGGUGCCGCACGACCUCGCCGCCGUGUUCGUGGCGCGCGCCCCGCCAGCCACGUCGCCGCCGUGCCCUCCGGCCAAGAAGAUCCGCGUCCACGCCGUGGGGUGAUCCGUGCCGCCGCCGGCUGAUGCCUGAUGCUGCUGCAUUCCCGACGAAGGUCGCUAGCUCACCAUAGCGUCUGCACGCCAUUGCCGCUACUGGAAGAAACAAACUACUCCGAAUUGGAAUUGCCAUGGUUUGCCGUACGCCAUGUGUGCUGCUCCACAAGUUCGAUUACUUCUAGUGUCGUAGUUGCAGUGGCUUAAUUUCUUUCUCAAAUCAAGGAAGAUCAAGUUCGAAAUAAUCAAAUUGUAAAUACUUUCUUCCUCAGGCUGCGCGAAAAUGUCGCGCAUAUCAGAAUCAAGACUGAACGCAAGGUACGGUGGAAUUAUAGACACACAUUUUCCCCCUGCGAAUCAAGAGUCCAAGAUCAAUUCGCUGUUCAAAACUGGUGUUGAUAUAUAUGAUUUGCUAUGAAUUGUUGUGUAUUUUGCCUAGAUUUUUGCGGUCUCAGUUGUUCUCCUCUGCAAAACUCUAUUGGUAUUGUAUCUUUUCUUGGACCACUUAAACUAAAAUUCAGAAAAGAAA